UUCAGUCUAUGAACAAUGGCAAUGCGGAACAUGCAUGUUGGAAGCGAUGGUCAAAUGAUUUCCAUUCUUUGUGCUGUCGUCGUUUUCUGUCGACUGUUGCCAACUGGGAAUGGGUUUCCAGUAAUUGGUGACCACGAGACAUCCGAAUCAGGAAACGUUGAGAACGCGAUUGCUCCGAAAAAAGUGUACACUUCUUCGAUGUUUGAACAUUGGAGUAAAUCUGCAUGGAAAUCGCCGAGCUGGAGUUACAAAGAUCCUGCCGCUUGGGCAAGUAUACCAGGUUCAUCUUGCGGUGGCAACCAACAAUCACCAAUCGAUAUUGUUCCGAAAUGGUCGGUCACGAGAGCUUAUCCGAAAUUCACGUUUCACAACUACGGAAAUUUUGAUCAAAUGAAUGCAAUAAACAACGGACACACUGUUGUGUACAGUCUGGACAUCAACACUCCCGCAGAUAGAAUACCCUACAUCACAGGUGGCGGAUUGAACGACGAGUACCGGUUCCACUCUUUCCAUCUGCAUUGGGGAAGCGACUCUUCUAAAGGUAGUGAACACCUCAUCAAAUCAAAAAGUUAUCCAGCCGAGUUGCAUUUGGUUCAUUACAACACCAAGUAUAGUAGCUUUGCAGAUGCCACAGGGCACUCAGAUGGGCUGGCUGUCUUAGGAAUUUUUAUUAAGGUGGGAUUAGCUGACAAUGAAUUUUUCCAGCCUUUGGUCGACCAAUUGGGCGAUAUCCUUGUUAAUCAGGACGAGACUACUUUGACCAAGCUCGUCUCAUUCCAAAACCUUUUGCCUCAAAAGACGACUUCAUUCUUUCGCUACAGCGGCUCGUUGACCACGCCCAAUUGCAAUGAAAUCGUUACCUGGACGGUUUUUGAAAACCCAAUCAAAGUUUCAGAACGACAGCUGAAUAAGUUCAGAAGUCUCAGUGACGCUGAGGAUGAACAACUCGUGAAUAAUUAUCGUCCAGCGCAGCAGGUGAAAGGACGCAUUAUCUAUUAUCGACGCUAUAAUGGAUGCGAACUUAAACAAUCUUGGCCUUUGACGUCCACGCCCUUAUUGGAUAUCUUCAAAUGGGGUCAAUGUCAACUUUACUAUGCCUUAUCUUGGCAAUAAAGCAAAUUAGCAUCUGCUGACUGGCAUAGAACGUCACCUCGAUCGUAACAUGUCGCUUGUUGGAACAAUCGUUGCAGGAUCAAUGAUGUUCAUGUAACUA